GAAACUCACACAGUCACUGUGACUGAGAGCAGAAAUGGAGCAGAAUCAGCUGGACCGAGAAACUUUCUCCUGUUUGAUCUGUCUGGAUCUACUGAAGGAUCCAGUCACUACUUCCUGUGGACACAGCUACUGCAUGAACUGUAUUAAAAAUCACUGGGAUGAAGAGGAUCAGAAGAGGAUCCACAGCUGCCCUCAGUGCAGGGAGACAUUCAUACCGAGGCCUGUGCUAAAGAAGAACACCAUGCUAGCAGCUUUAGUGGAGCAGCUGAAGAAGACUGGACUCCAAGCUGCUCCUGCUGACCACUGUUAUGCUGGACAUGAAGAUGUGGCCUGUGAUUUCUGCACUGGAAGAAAACUGAAAGCAAUCAAGUCCUGUUUAGUGUGUCUGGCCUCUUACUGUGAGAAACACCUUCAGCCUCAUUAUGAUUCAGCUGCUUUUAAGAAACACAAGCUGGUGGAGCCGUCCAAGAACCUCCAGGAGAAAAUCUGCUCUAAGCAUGAUAAGUUGUUGGAGAUCUUCUGCCGCACUGAUCAGAAGUGCAUCUGUUAUCUCUGCACCAUGGAUGAACAUAAAGGCCACAUCACAGUCUCAGCUGCAACAGAAGAGACUGAGAGGCAGACAGAGCUGGAGGAGAGACGAGGAAACAUCCAGCAGAGAAUCCAGGACAGAGAGGAAGAUGUGAAGUUGCUUCAACAGGAGGUGGAGGCCAUCAAUCUCUCUGCUGAUAAAACAGUGGAGGACAGUGAGAAGAUCUUCACCCAGCUGAUCCAUUUCCUCCAGAAAAGAAGCUCUGAUGUGAAGCAGCAGAUCAGAUCCCAGCAGGAAACUGAAGUGAGUCGAGUCAAAGAUGUUCAGGAGAAGCUGGAGCAGGAGAUCACUGAGCUGAAGAGGAAAGACGCUGAGCUGGAGCAGCUCUCACACACAGAGGAUCACAGCCAGUUUCUUCUCAACUCCCCCCGACUGCCAACACUCAGAGAGAUUGCCAUGUCCUCCAGCUUAGAGAACCUUCAUCCGUACUUUGAGGACAUUACAGCUACACACUCAUCCAGCAUCAACAUCCGUCCUCUGAGACACUUUGAAGACGUGACAGCAGCUGUGUCAGAGCUCAGAGAUAAACUACAGGACGUCCUCAGAGACUCAUGGACAAACAUCUCACUGAGACUCACUGACGUGGAUGUUCUACUGCCAGAACCAGAACCAAAGAGCAGAGCUGGAUUCUUAAAAUAUUCAUGUGAAAUCACUCUGGAUCCAAACACAGCAAACACACGACUGGUAUUAUCAGAGGGGAACAGGAAGGUGAAACUGAUGAAUCGACGUCAGUCUUAUCCUAGACAUCCAGACAGAUUCACUGGAUGUUGGCAGGUUCUGAGUAGAGAGAGUCUGACUGGACGUUGUUACUGGGAGGUGGAGAGGAGCGGGACACAGGUUUAUGUAGCAGUGACAUACAAGAAUAUCAGUCGAGCAGGAGGUGGAAAUAAAUGUUUAUUUGGAUGUAAUGACAAAUCUUGGGCAUUAGAUUGUUCUCAAAACAGUUUUAGAUUUUGUCACAACAACAUCUGA